GUAGUGCACCACAACACAUCUGGGAAGGUGAAUUUGUUCUGAAUGCUUGCGUAAAUCUCCAGCAAUCCAGCGGGUCUCUGUCCACCAGAACAGACAGGAGGAAGAGGGAGCAGGUGCUGGGAAUUUCACCUGAGUUUCCGGCUGGCCAGUAGCAGAGAUGAGACUCCAGAAGAAGACGUUCCACCCCUCUUUUUAAUUCCGAACAGAGGGAGGCUUAGCAGAUAGAUGUCUGCACUUUGCAAUGCCGGUGCAAAGGGCAGUGCGGAUGGACGUGCCAAGAGCAUGGUGCAUGCUUGGACUGGCCCUGGCUGUCACCUCUGCAACAGAGAAUUUCUCCUGGACCAGGCAGAGCCCCAGUUCCUUCUAUUACAGCACUUUCCCAAAAGGGUUCCUUUGGGGCGUCGGCAGUUCCGCCUGCCAAACUGAAGGUGCUUGGGACAAAGCUGGGAAAGGCCCAAGUAUCUGGGACACUUUUGGACACCAAGGGGGGACCGUGUUUAUGAACCACACAGCAGAUUCUGCAUGUGAAAGCUAUUAUAAGAUUAAGGAUGACAUUCAGCUACUGAAAGAACUCAAGGUCAACCACUAUUUGUUUUCUAUUUCUUGGCCCCGUCUCCUGCCCACAGGCAUCAAAUCAGAAAAAGUAAACCAGGAAGGUAUACAAUUCUACAAUGAUACGAUCAACGCUUUAUUGGAAAACAAGAUCAUUCCCAUCAUAACUCUCUAUUACUGGGAUCUGCCACAGGUACUUCAACAAAAAUAUGACGGAUGGCAGAAUACAAGCAUGAUAACGUAUUUUACUGAUUAUGCAGAUUUGUGUUUUGAGAGCUUUGGGGAUCGUGUGAAACACUGGAUUACUUUUAACAACCCUUGGGCAACUGCAGAAGAAGGGUAUGAAACAGGACAGCAUGCGCCAGGCCUGAAAUUGGGCUCAGACGGAGCUUAUAAAGCAGCACAUCACAUAAUCAAGGCUCAUGCGGAGGUGUGGCAUUCUUAUCGCAAGAAAUGGCACCGUAAACAACGAGGCCUGGUUGGGAUCUCUUUAAGCAGCGCCUGGGGGGAACCUAUUGAUCUGAGCAACAAAGUAGAUGUUGAAGCAGCGGAGAGAUACGUACAGUUUUCCCUGGGGUGGUUUGCAAAUCCACUCUACCAUGGAGACUAUCCUGGAGUUAUGAAGGAUUAUGUAGGUAGAAAAAGUUCUGAGCAAAGAAUGGCGUCAAGACUCCCAGUGUUUUCGGCACAAGAGAAAAACUACAUUAAGGGCACAGUGGACUUCUUGGGAAUCAGUCAUUUCACCACCUAUUACAUUUCCCAGAAGAGCCACCCCCCUCAGGAGGAGAGUUAUUUCACUGAUCGCAACCUGGUGGAAUUGGUGGACCCCAGGUGGCCCAAUUCAGGGUCCAGUUGGCUAUAUUCUGUGCCCUGGGGCUUCCGGAGGUUGCUCAACUUUAUUAAGGUACAAUAUGGGAACCCGCUAAUUUACGUGACAGAGAACGGCAUUUCAGAAAAGCUGCAGUGUGCUCAGCUAUGUGAUGACUGGAGGAUAAACUAUUUUAAGGGAUAUAUUAAUGAGAUGCUAAAAGCUAUAAAGGACGGAGUUAACAUCCAGGGCUAUACAGCCUGGUCUCUGCUGGAUAAGUUUGAAUGGAACCGAGGCUACUCAGAGAGAUUUGGACUUUACUAUGUUGACUUUCAAAAUCAGAACAAACCCCGAUAUCCAAAAGCGUCUGUUCACUAUUAUAAGAAGAUCAUCAAAGCAAAUGGAUUUCCUAAUCCGAAAGAGGUGGCAAGUUGGCACCAGCAGGCCGCUGAGAUCUGUACUUCUAGCAGCCAGCUUCUUGUGACAGAGCCUUUGGCAACUCACAUGGAAAUGGUGACCGAGAUAGUGGUGCCAACAGUUUUCACCCUCUGUAUUCUGAUCAGUGCCAUCCUGCUCCUAUUUCUACUCAGGAAACAACAGUAACAGCCUCCUCCGCCUUUUACACUGUAUCUUCACUGUACAACAGUCACCUGCAAGGGUUUCUACAUCUCUUCGCUGAAACUAAUUUAUGCAUUUUACAUGUAAACAAGCAGGCUUCCCUUCAACAUUUUUAAUCAGAAAUUUAAUUCAGGAUUUAAAAAAUCAGCUAUAUAUAUUUCAGGAAUGACUUGUAACAUUGAAAAGUUGGACAACAGCUGGGAAUGCAGUGUCUAAAGCAAUGUUUAGUAACUCAGCAACAAUCCUGUCUUCUACACAGGUCUUACUUAUUUGAAGAGAUUCCUAGAAAUAAUAUUGACUUGGAGCUAGUUGAUUUGAGAUUACUUCAGACUAAAAAUUAAAUAUGCUUUGCAACAGCACAUAAAGUGAACAGCCACUCC